AUGGAUAAUUCUGAAGAACGCAAAAAACAUUUACCCGAAAUUCGGGAAAGAUCAAGACAAACAUACUUAAAAGAUAGAGCAACAAAACAAAUGCAUUUGUUAGAAUUAGAUGUGAUUGAUGAAGAUCUUUUAUUUAAAGAUGAAAAACUCACUAAAAAAGAGAAAAAGGAACUUGAGUUUAAGAGAGAAACUUUAAGGCUUACUAGAGAAAGACUUAAUUUAUCAGUAAAAACUGAUGAAUAUCAUAUGCCAGAAGAUUAUAUAACAGAAAAAGGAAAGAUUGACAAAAAAAAGAAAGAUACAGUAUUAUAUCAACGUUAUGAAGAAGAUAGAGAUCAAAAAGGAUUUGUUAAUGAACAAGAAGUAUGGGAAAAGAAUCAAAUUGUGAAAUCACAAUUAAAUGUUGGAGCACAGGACAGACUAAAGGGAGAAGAUUAUGAGUUCGUUUUUGAAGAGCCAUUGAUUGAUUUUCUAGAUUGGGAUUGGAAAGCAAAUGAUAAAGAUGAAGCACUUCUUGCAAGAAUUGAAGAAGCAGAGAAAAAAUUAAAAAACAUCGAGGAAGUUCGUAAAUCAUUACCAAUAUAUACUUAUCGUGAUGAUUUAUUAAAAGCUAUUGAAGAUCACCAAGUUUUGGUGGUCAUCGGAGAAACUGGUUCAGGGAAAACCACUCAACUUCCACAGUAUCUUUAUGAAGCAGGUUAUACGAAAGAUGAUAAAAAAAUUGGAUGUACACAACCAAGAAGAGUAGCAGCUAUGAGUGUUGCCGCUCGUGUGGCCGAAGAAAUGAACGUUAAACUUGGAUUUGAGGUUGGUUAUUCUAUUAGAUUUGAGGAUUGUACAUCAGACAAAACAUUAAUUAAAUAUAUGACAGAUGGUAUGCUUUUACGCGAGUUUUUGAGUGAACCUUUAUUAGAUGGAUAUUCCUGUCUUAUAAUUGAUGAAGCACAUGAGAGAACUCUGCAUACUGAUAUUUUGUUUGGUUUGGUCAAGGACAUUUCUCGGGUCAGAACUGAUCUUAGACUUAUAAUAUCUAGCGCAACAUUAAAUGCUCAAAAAUUUGCUGCCUAUUUUGAUGAUGCACCAAUUUUUAGGAUUCCAGGUAAACCUUACCCAGUUCAAAUUUGUCAUACAAAAGCUCCAGAAGCAAAUUACAUUUCUGCAGCAAUAGCUACCGUUAUGCAAAUACAUAUUUCACAAAAUACAGGAGAUAUAUUAGUCUUUCUUACAGGUCAAGAAGAAAUUGAGACUGUUCAAGAAAGCUUACAACAAACAUGUAGAGUUCUUGGCAGUAAAGUAAAAGAAUUAAUAAUAUGUCCAAUUUAUUCCAAUCUUCCACCUGAUAUGCAAGCUAAAAUAUUUGAGCCAACACCACCUGGUGCUCGAAAAGUUAUUUUGGCUACCAAUAUUGCUGAAACUUCUAUUACUAUAAAUGGUGUUACGUUUGUCAUAGAUCCAGGUUUUGUUAAACAAAAUCAUUAUAGUUCAAAAACACAUAUGGAGUCAUUAUUGGUUGUUCCGUGCUCAAGGGCUUCGGCAAACCAAAGAUCUGGCAGAGCAGGACGUGUUGGUCCUGGACAUUGCUUUAGAUUAUAUACGAAAUAUGCUUAUGCCAAUGAAUUAGAAGAAGAUACAGUUCCAGAAAUUCAAAGAACAAAUUUGUCUAAUGUUAUCCUAUUGUUAAAAUUUGAAUUUAUGGAUCCACCUCAUGAACAAGGAAUGAUUUCAGCACUUAAUGAUUUGUAUGCACUUGGUGCACUAAACAAUGAUGGUGAAUUAACAAAAUUGGGUAGACGUAUGGCCGAGUUUCCUAUAGAUCCUUUAUUAUCUAAAACAAUUAUAACAUCUGAGAAAUUUCAUUGCUCAGAAGAGGAUAAAAAAUUUUACGCUGAUAAGGCUCAUCAAAAUUUCAUUAAACCUGGUGGAGAUCAUCUCAUGUUACUAAAUAUUUGGGAACAAUGGGCAGAAACAAAUUAUUCUAUGGGUUGGUGUUAUGAAAAUUUUAUAGUAUAUCGAUCCAUGAAUCGAGCAAGAGAUGUUCGUGAUCAACUAGUGAAAUUAUGUGAUCGUACUGAAGUUGAAUUAAAAUCAAAUCCUGAUCCUGGUGACAUAAUUCCAAUACAAAAGUCAAUAGUUUCUGGAUUUUUCAUGAAUGCUGCAAGGUUGACAAUGUUUAGUGAUUCAUAUCACAAAUUAAAAUUUGGAGAUCCAAGUCGCGUUGUUCAUAUACAUCCCAGCAGUUCAUUAUUUGAAGAAAAACCAAAAUUUGUAUUAUAUUUUGAGUUAGUACUUACGAGUAAAGAAUAUAUGCGCCAAGUUAUGGAAAUAAAACCUGAGUGGCUUGUUGAAGCGGCACCUCAUUAUUAUUCAAAAGAGGAUAUUGGCGAAAAGAAGAAAAUGCCAAAAAACAAUAAAUAA